AUGUCAAUACCAAUACCUAUUACCAGCCUUCUAGGCCUUGCCUAUAUCAUCGCCGCAUGCUUCCUAUACAUAUCACUUUCUAGCAUCCUCUCAAGUCGACAAAAUACUGCAAAGGCUCGUCAACUCAAGUGUCAAGACCCGCCCGAAUUGAAGAGUCGCUACCUGAUUGGCACCGACCUACUUCUACGUCUUCGUAGUGCAGACAAAGCCAAACUCUUCCCCGUCGGUUUGAUCCAGCGAUUCGUCGAUGUCGGUGACACUACCUAUAAGUAUACACUCCCGGGCGGUCAUUACCAUCACGUCUCUACCAUGGAUUCAAAGAACAUCCUAGCUAAUUUGGCAACUCAGUUGAAAGAUUUCGACCUGGGAUCCACAAGACGAAGGAAAUUUCUGUUUGCUCGUGAGCAGGUGUCAGACUUAAAUCUAGAAGAGACACAUGUGCAGAACUUGAUGAGAGCAUUAAAUCUUUCCUUGACAUCUGGCAAUUGGAUCGAGUCUGUCGACUUAGGAGUCCUGUUCAUCCGUUUGACACUCGACUCUGCCACUGAAUUUUUUAUUUGA